AAUAUUAUCUAAUUAAACUCUAAUGAUUAAGUUAAUAAUGAAAAAUAUAUCGUGAUGGUUCAUAAUUAUACUAAUCUACUACAGUACUAGAAUACUGGAAUUAAUAACAUUGUAAGUAAGUAACUAUAGUUUUAUUAUAUUUCAUUGAAUUUGCUUGUAAAAAAAAAUUUGUAAUGAGGUAUUUGAGAAAAUUUAAGUUUGGAUAAUUAAGUAAGUUUCUUGUAUUGUAUUAUUGUAUUGUAUUAUUUUUUAGAAGUAUCAGCAGCAACAAACAAACACCCAGCGUAUUCAUGCGAACGGAUACUACACGCGUGAAUCAACACACACACCACACACACGCACACAUACACACGCCACACUCACACACAUACCCAAUAAGCAGGGAUCUCUUGGCAUUUAAACUCGGUUACUGCAACAUCAGGGGCGGGCAUCUUAACCGUUACACCGUCUCAUCUUUUAGUGAAAUACUUAGGUUAAAAUGCCGUGAAAGUAAAUAGUAACAACACACUUUUAUUUACUGCAUAACUCUCACUAGAAUUAUUUAAAAAAAAUUUGGUUGGGGUAGAUUAGGGCGUAUCCAUCUAACCCUUAAAGGGGGAAGGACUCUUUAACUUUACCGUGUCUGUGCCCCAAUACAACAAUAAAUACUAAAAUACUAUAACGCGAUGAUAAUAAUAAAUGGUAAUAAUUAAUAAAAGUAAUUGAAUAAUGUAGGUAUUUGAAUAUAUAUGGGUGGAAAUAUAGCGGAGAACCACUGGAAAAUUGUCAUAGCAUCAACAGUGGGCUUGGCGUUUGCCGUCUUUUCUGCCAUUGUCGUUCUUGUUAUCCUUAUCUGUAGGGGGAAGUUUCAUGAAGCUAAGAGACGUAGAGAGCAGAUGAACGAGCGACUGAGCAGGAAACGCUGGUUGUACGAGCAGAGCAAUUACCCGGUCCAAAACUUCAUUAAACAAAUCAACAAAAACUAUUCCUUUCACUCCUCUCCCAGCAAUAACAACAGAAACAACAUCUACAACAACAACAGCAGCAGCAACAACAACAGGCCACCAACAAAUCCCCAACAAGAAAACAUCAAAAUUCACGCCAGCCACCACCACAGAAAUCGUGGUAGUGGUAGACAAGUGAAGGCCUCACUCCCGCUACCUCGAGAUUCCCCAGAAAUCCUCCAGGGACCUGUCAAUUUAAAUUACUUACAACUGCAACUGGAAAAGCGCCAGCAACAGCAACAACAACAUCGUCACAGGACUCAUUUUAGAGAUGAAAGUAGUCUUAAACUUAGAUCGCCACUCAUAAACGCUGCAAACAUAAACAUCAAUGAUUCCGAUCGAGACAAGAGAUCUUCGAAUUCAAAAAUCACCAUCAACAACAAAACUGACAAGAGAAAAAAUUCUACUAACAACAAAACCGCCAUUUUGGCAUCUUCAUCUCGGGCUUCCUACUUAUCUGCAUCCCAUUCCUCCACUAAACAACCCAAACACAGAACCAAAAAACAUAUUCACGAAUUCGAAUUAGACGAAAACUCGAACGAAUUCGAAUUAAACGCAGAAGAGACGAACACUUCCGUUUUCAACACCAUAGACAGUGAAAAUCCAUGCCUGCAUAGACAUCAAUUUACAGACGCGAUCUCGAAUGAUAACUGGACGUAUUGUUCCGGUGACGAUUCUGGUUAUUCGCCAAUGGAAAUGGCCGAAAUUGAAAGAAAUUAUAAAUUAUUCCUAACCGAACAAAGUGUUAGUGACAGUAAUACUGAAACAUUAAAAAAUGUCGACUCGACUGAGCCCCAACGGAGAUACGGAGAUGUGCCGAAUUUCGCUUUUAAAACGGCCAGGGCCACAAAUAGUAACGUUGAUAAGUUUAAUUUUGAAUUUGUCAACAUUGUAGUUUAAGAUUUUCAUGAUUUUUUGUAUUUUUUUUAAUAUUUUGAAAAAUAAUUGUUAUCUAAAUGUGGAUUUUGAAAAAAUUUGUUUCAUUUUUCUGUAACCCUAUUCCAAUAUUCCGAAAACUU